AUGGCCUAAAUAAUACCUUCCUCUGCCAGUGCUGUUGGGCUAAUAAGUCCAUAAUGUGAACUGUAAUUGAUUCGUACUCCUAUUAAACCUCUUGGACCUAAAGAUUUACUUGUUAGAGUAGAAGCUGUUAGUAUAAACCCUGUUGAUUACAAAGUACUUUAAGGACUAAACAAUAAAAAUCUUUCAGAAGAUAAUCCUACUAUUGCUGGAUUUGAUGCAAGUGGUGUUGUUGUCAAAGUAGGUUCAGAUUGUUAGCUUUUUAAAGUAGGAGAUUAAGUAUUUUAUGCAGGAAGCUAUAUAAGAAAUGGCUCUUUCUAAAACUAUUAAAUAGUUGAUGAGAGAAUUGUGGGAAUAAAACCUAAAAAACUGUCUCAUUCGGAAGCUGCUGCUAUUCCAUUAGUAGCUCUUACUGCCUAUGAGGGCUUAGUUGAAGAAAUGAGGAUUCCAUAUACAGGAAAAUAAUAAAAAUUAAAUAAAACAAUUCUGAUUGUUGGAGGUGCUGGUGGUGUGGGAAGCAUGACUAUUUAAAUUGCUAAAAAUGUUUUAGGAUUAACAGUAAUAGCUACUGCAUCCAGAGAAUAGAGUAAGCAAUUCUGUAUUAAAAUGGGAGCAGAUUAUGUAAUAAACCAUAACUAACCUUUAGCUGAACAGUUAAAAAAUAUUAACGUUGAUGGGUUAGAUUAUGUUUAUAAUUGUGUUGAGAUGGGAAAAAGCUAUUUUGAUUAAUUUGCUUCAUUAAUUAAACCUUUCGGUCAUAUUCUUGGUAUUGUUGGUUUUGAUGAGCCUCUUGACUUAAAACCAUUAUUCUAUAUGAGAGCCAAAAUAACAGCUGAGUUAAUGUUCACUCGCUCAAUGUUUAACUAAGAACCUGAAAAGCAAAAUUAAAUUUUGAACCAUAUUAGUGAACUUUACGAUAAGCAAAUACUAAUUUCUACGAUCUAAAUCACUAAAAAGUUUUCUAUUGAAAAUCUGAAGCAAAUGCUUGAACUCUCAGAGUCUGGAAAAACUAUUGGAAAAAUUGUUUUGUCUGAUGUCUAAGGUUUUUUUGAUGCAAAAAAGUGA